GAAAGCAAAAACCAUGGCGCUGAAUCUCAAUUUCUUCCUUAAUCUGCUGAUAAACCCUGUUCUUCUCUACUGGAGAAGAUGAUAUAUAGCGCUCAAUUUUAUCUCUUAUAAUUUUAGAUUUACAGAAGCGCCAGAAAAAUGCGAACUUCAAGAAUCCUCUCGUCUUACUUGAAGAACCGCCCCGCAGGCUCCUUCAAUCUCCUCAAACGGAGGUUUCACUCUACCUGCUACAUGAGGUCAGGUGAUCGGAGAAAUGUUCCCGUGGAGAGAAGUGCUCCCGUGGUAGCGGCCUCGUGGAGAUCGUAUAUACUCCCUGGAGCUGUUCUAGGCGGGUUUGGUGGAUUGGUGCUUUUCCUUCAUUAUAAUGAUGAAAGGAGGGCAAUUCCUAAAGGUCAGGGUGUGAAGUUUGAAAGAAGUUCAAUUCAAGGGCCGAUUAUCGGUGGCCCUUUCAGUUUAAUUGGCACAGAUGGCCGAUUGGUAACAGAACAAAACUUUCUGGGAAAUUGGGUUCUUCUCUACUUUGGUUAUACUUCGUCUCCUGAUGUUGGGCCAGCCGAAGUCCAGAAGAUGUCUAAGACGAUCAAUAUACUAGGAUCGAAGCAAGAUUGUAAGAUUCUUCCCGUAUUUGUCUCGAUCGAUCCUCAACGUGAUAACCCCUCCCAUCUCCGUGCUUAUAUCAGAGAGAUCGACCCGAGCAUAGUAGGAUUAACUGGACGUGUUACUGCUGUGAGGCAGAUGGCUCAAGAAUAUCGAGUGUUCUUUAGGAAGGUUGACGAGGAAGGAGGUGAUUAUCUCGUUGAAUCUUCCGACAACAUGUACUUGAUGAAUCCCAACAUGGAAGUAGUCAGAUCUUUCGGGGCGGAGUACGACGCAGAGGAUCUCGCCGAGGCGAUCGAAAGAGAGGUGAAGAAAGGUGGAAAUCGUCACUCGGGAUAGAUCAUUAACCGGGUAAUACUACAGUUCUUAGUUCUUAAUCAUACAAGGGCAAAGAGAAAUUUAAGAUAAAAACUCAAAUUUUCCGAGUUCGUGUUAACAUUCACUCGUGAUUAUUUGUGUAUUAGCGAAUUCUUUUUCCCAUGUAACUCUCGUCUGAUGUAACGACUAAAUACUUGCCAAUCAUAUUCGAUCGAGCCAAAUUUUCAAAGGCUAAAAUUUUUACA